UUUAAACGUAAACGUCAGAAAUGUCAAAACUUUGAAUACAAAUAUUAUGCUGUAUAAGUCUAAUAAAACACAAUGGCAUUUAAUGCAGACUCCGACUUAGAAGUUAAAGUCCGUAAAUCCACUGAAAGGAUAUCAGAAAACAUGCAUAUUGUAGCAAAUGAGCCCUCACUGGCCUUCUAUAGACUACAGGAGCACGUCAGAAAGGCUUUAAACCCAAUGGUAGACAGAAGAGUGGAUGUGGACAAGCUGCACACAGAAUUACAAGGAAGAUGCUAUGACAUAGAAUAUGCUGUUGGCGCGAUAAAAUCAAUGAGCAAAGCAGAAGAAAGUUUUAAAAGUAUACAAGAGAAUCUUAAAAAUGCCAUUUUCUUGAAGCAACAGUUGAAAUAUGAGGAGUCAAGGAGGAAAAAGGCCGACUCAAAUUCUGUUUACAAAAGAUUGUCUGCUCACAUUACAUUAGAUUUACCAGAAUUGCCAGAACUAUCAGAUGUUGUAAGAGAAACUGCUAACAGAGUUGAAAGCAUGAUGUCCAAAGCCACACAUUCAUCUAAUAGUUAAUAAAAUUGUUUGUCUCUAUUAUAAAUAUAAGUUGUUAAAUUA